AUGAAUGUUCUAUUUCUUUUUUUUCCAUCUUUUUUUUUUCAUCCAUUAUAUUUCCCUCUUUCUUGCUUUCUUUCAUUAUGUUAUAUUCUCCUCCAUCUUUCUAGCUUUCUUUCAUUAUGUUAUAUUCCCCUCCAUCUUUCUUCCUUUCUUUCAUUCAUUGUUAUAUUCCCCUCCAUCUUUCUUCCUUUCUUUCAUUCAUUGUUAUAUUCCCCUCCAUCUUUCUUGCUUUCAGCAUGUUAUAUUCCCCUCCAUCUUUCUUGCUUUCAGCAUGUUAUAUUCCCCUCCAUCUUUCUUGCUUUCAGCAUGUUAUAUUCCCCUCCAUCUUUCUUGCUUUCAGCAUGUUAUAUUCCCCAUCUUUCUUUGCUUUCAUGUUAUAUUCCCCUCCAUCUUUCUUGCUUUCAGCAUGUUAUAUUCCCCUCCAUCUUUCUUGCUUUCAGCAUGUUAUAUUCCCCUCCAUCUUUCUUGCUUUCAGCAUGUUAUAUUCCCCUCCAUCUUUCUUGCUUUCAGCUUAUUCCCUCCAUUAUUGUUAUGUUAUAUUCCUCCAUCUUUCUUGCUUUCUUGCUUUCAUUAUGUUAUAUUCCCCCAUCCAUCUUUCUUGCUUGUUUUUUCCCCCUCAUUUUCUUGCUUGUUUUGUAUUUCCCUCCAUCUUUCUUGCUUGCUUUCAUUAUGUUAUAUUCCCCUCCAUCUUUCUUGCUUGCUUUCAUUAUGUUAUAUUCCCCUCCAUCUUUCUUGCUUUCUUUCAUUAUGUUAUAUUCCCCUCCAUCUUUCUUGCUUGCUUUGUUAUAUUCCUCCAUCUUGUUUCUUUCAUUAUUAUUCCCUCCAUCUUUCAUAUUCCCCUUCCAUUUUCUUGCUUUCUUUCUUCCAUUAUAUUCCCCGUCUUUUUUGCUUCCAUUAUAUUUUCUGUCUUUAGUUCUUUUUUCUCUUCCUUCUUCCAUUACAUUUCCACUCUUUUUGCUUUCCCUUUUCUUCCAUUAUAUUCCUCUUGUUUUUUUUUUUAAUUUUUUCUGUUUUGGCUUCAUCCUAUUUCCUUUUUUCUUUCUUUUCUUACCUUCCUUCUUUUCACUAUUCCUUCUCUUAUUUCCAUUUUUCUCUUUUCUGCCUUUUUCCUUCCCUUAUCUUUUUUUUAUUCUUCCCUUGACCUUCUUUCAACCCUAA